CACCCACUUCACCAAACUACUAGCAGUUACAAUGUUGCAUUCAAGCAUAAGAAAUCACAUUUCCAACAUAACCAUACAUGUCGGCAACCACAACCAGCUGAGCUCGAACACCCACAGGCUGUCUGCGUUUUAGAGAGAAAGAUAGAGAGGGAACUCUAGACUGAGCAUGUAAAACAAAGUCAAUGCUUUAGACUGACAAAGAGACUCGAAAUCGAAGAGAAGUACAGUGUGUGUGUGGGUUUUUCGGGGUGGGAUUCAAUGUUGGUCCAAGAUCGUAUAUCCCCCAAAUCCGCCGAAACCCAGAAGAGAAACCUCCCAAUCCUUCACCCCAAUCGUUUCUCCGAGUCCAAAAACCUUGAUUUCUCCACAUGGGUAUCCGAAAACCUCUACAAAAUUCUCACAAUCCUCUUUCUAAUAGCCACCAUCGCCGCCCUCUUCUUCCUCCGGAAUUCCGGCGACACCGCCACGCUCCUCUGCCUCCAAUCCCAGCAGUCCAAGCACCUCCAGAGCCUCCAAUUCCCCCAAAUCAAUUGGAAUUCAAUUCCACCCAUUUCAGAUAAAUCCACACCCUUCUCGAAUUUCCGAUCCGAGAAGUGGAUCAUCGUCUCUGUUUCGGAUUACCCCUCCGAUUCCCUUCGGAAUUUGGCAAAGAUCAGAGGGUGGCAAGUCUUGGCAGUUGGGAAUUCCAAGACUCCUAAAGAUUGGAGUCUUAAAGGUACUAUCUUUCUCUCUUUGGAAUUGCAAGCUAAUUUGGGUUUUAGAGUUGUUGAUUACUUGCCUUAUGAUUCAUAUGUUAGAAAAACUGUUGGCUAUUUAUUUGCUAUACAACAUGGUGCUAAGAAAAUCUUUGAUGCUGAUGAUCGUGGUGAGGUGAUUGAUAAUGAUAUUGGUAAGCAUUUUGAUGUUGAGUUGGUUGGUGAAAGUGCCAGACAAGAGGUUAUAUUGCAAUAUAGUCAUGAAAAUCCUAAUAGGACUGUUGUGAAUCCGUAUAUUCAUUUUGGCCAACGCUCAGUUUGGCCCAGGGGGUUGCCAUUGGAAAAUGUAGGUGAAAUAGGGCAUGAGGAGUUUUAUACUGAGGUGUUUGGUGGAAAACAGUUUAUUCAGCAGGGGAUUUCAAAUGGCUUACCAGAUGUGGAUUCGGUUUUUUAUUUUACAAGGAAAUCAGGGUUGGAAGCAUUUGAUAUUAGGUUUGAUGAGCGUGCCCAGAAAGUGGCGAUGCCACAGGGUAUAAUGGUGCCACUUAAUUCUUUCAAUACCAUUUAUCAGUCUUCUGCAUUUUGGGGUUUGAUGCUUCCUGUUUCGAUUAGUACAAUGGCUUCUGACGUUUUGAGGGGUUAUUGGGCACAAAGGCUUUUGUGGGAAAUUGGCGGCUAUGUUGUUGUUUAUCCUCCUACGGUUCAUAGGUAUGAUAAAAUUGAAGCGUAUCCAUUUUCUGAGGAGAAAGAUCUUCAUGUGAAUGUAGGUCGUCUGAUUAAGUUCUUGAUUGCAUGGAGAUCGGGUAAGCAUAGAUUGUUUGAAAAAAUCUUGGAGUUAAGCUAUGUGAUGGCUGAGGAAGGAUUUUGGACUGAGAAAGAUGUGAAGUUUACAGCUGCUUGGCUUCAGGACUUGCUCGCUGUUGGGUACCAGCAGCCAAGGCUAAUGUCAUUUGAAUUGGAUCGGCCACGGGCACAAAUUGGACAUGGGGAUCGGAAGGAGUUUAUUCCUCGAAAGCUACCAUCUGUUCAUCUUGGGGUCGAGGAAAUAGGAACGGUGAAUUACGAAAUUGGAAAUUUGAUUCGGUGGAGGAAGAAUUUUGGGAAUGUUGUGCUUAUAAUGUUCUGCAGUGGACCUGUUGAACAUACAGCUUUGGAAUGGAGAUUGCUUUAUGGCAGGAUAUUUAAAACUGUGAUUAUUUUGUCAGAGCAGAAGAAUGUAGAUCUUGCUGUUGAGGAAGGGCAGUUGGACCAUGUAUACAAGCAUCUGCCGGAACUAUUUGCCAGAUACAGCAGUGCAGAAGGGUUCUUAUUCCUCCAGGACAAUACUAUUCUUAAUUACUGGAACUUGCUGCAAGCAGACAAGCUUAAGCUCUGGAUCACGGACAAGGUCUCCAAGUCUUGGACUGCUGUCCCAAUUGAUGGAAACUCAGACUGGUUUAAACAGCAAGCAGAAUUGGUAGAGAAAGUUGUUAGUACAAUGCCAGUUCACUUGCAAGUCAAUUACAAAGAAUCCAUGAAAAAUGACCAGAGCCUUACAAUAUGUAAUUCUGAGGUAUUCUACAUUCCUCGGAAAUUUGUAGCAGACUUUAGUGAUCUUGUAAAUCUAGUGGGCGAUCUUAAUAUCCAUCACAAGGUUGCAAUACCACUGUUCUUCAUGGCAAUGGACUCGCCUCAGAAUUUUGACUCGGUGUUCAAUGCAAUGAUUUAUGAGCAAAAACCGCCUACUAAUUCUUCAACAUUUUAUUCUGCCGAAGUGCCUGCAAUUCACCCUUGGAAUGUGGCCAGUGAGCAGGAGUUCAUAAAGCUGAUUAGAAUAAUGGCAGCGGGUGAUCCACUGCUAAUGGAGUUAGCGUGAAGGUAAAAACAGUUUUUCGACACAAAACAACUUGCUAGGGAGGAGAAAAACAUGUACCACAUAUGUCAACACCAAACUCUGUAUUUGUUUCUUUUUUUUGGUACUAUUCUUUCAAAGGGGAAGGGGUCUUUUGUAGAUUUCUGUUGUAUGAUUGUAAACUGUAGAGGAUUACUUUGUUGAUGCCUUCUCUUCUCAUAGGCAAUUUAAAGCCUCUGAAGAUCUUCAUUCACUUUUUCCUUUGGAAAGGUGAAGAACCCUGAUAUCCAAUGGGAUUGGAUUAAGUACAGCUAGAAACAUUGUUCAUAAUUGUUAAUUUUUCAAACUUUUGCAAGUUUCUCUGUGUUAUAUC